AUCCUCGUGAGGAUAAGUGUCAACGAAAAUGGAUGGAUAGAUAUAUCUUUUGGAGUUUCCUCCAUGAUACAUACUUGCUUCAUGCGGUGGUCUCUCCCCUUCCCCUCAACAUCAUAUAUAUCAUACUGCUGGGUUGCCAGUAAGGUGGAUUAAGUGACCAAGGAGUUCCAGUCCCCACACAAAUGGAGGCGCUUUCCCUGAUGGACUUGCUGGAGUGCCCACUGUGUUCAGAGCAACUCGAUGCGUCAGCCAAGGUGCUGCCCUGCCAGCACACAUUCUGUAAAGCCUGCUUGCAGAAACAAGAAGCCGCUCACUCGCAGCUGAUCUGCCCAGAGUGUAGAACUCCCGCCAGGGCUCGGACGGUGGAUGAGCUACCGGCGAACAUCCUGCUGGUGCGGCUCCUGGACGGUUUACAGGGGUCAGCGGGGGCAAGCCGGAACUCGCACUAUGCUGUUCCCUUUGCCAGGAGCAGUCAGACUGUUAGGGAGGGUCAUUACAAAGCGCAUCAAGGCCACAAAGAGGUUUCUUCAAGAACUUCAAUCCAUAAUCAACAAGGAGAUUCAGAAGGAGAGCUUACUCUCUCCCUUGUUACCGGCAUUGUGCCGAAACACAGAGCGACACCGAACGAGGACUGGGUCCACAGACACAUUAGUGACAAUAUUGGCACAUCUGUCUCGGCCGGAAUGCCACAUGCUGCCCCCCAGACGCCUCUGUCACUGCCCCACCAGCAGUCGCCGGCUCUCUGCCGCACACUGUGUGACUUCAGUCCCAAUGAGAUGAACGCGGAGACCAGCGAUGCUUGCCUUAGCUUUCGUAAGGGCGACAUUCUCACUGUUAUCAGACGGGUGGAUGAAUACUGGAUUGAAGCCAAACUUGGCGACAGAAUAGGAAUUUGCCCUCUACAGUUUACUGAGCUAAACUCAGUGGCAACCAAACUGGUGGAAGGAAAGAGUCCGCGGAGGAGUGACUCAGCAGAAUUUCCGAAUCGGACGGGAAGCAGGAGCAAAGAAAAGGGCCCAGAGGGAUCCAACAAGACCGCGAACCACAGAGUGACGCCAAUUCCUGCAAAAACACCCCUUACCAAUCCCGUGGCGCCCUCCAACCCACGCAAACAGCCGAGUCCCAGCAGCAGCAACUUUUCUGUGGAUCCAAAGAUCAGCGGCUUCAACUUCAAGCGAGAGUCUCACCGCUCCUCUGUGCGGCCCCGUGCCCGUGAACACGCGCAUCCCUCGCGCAAUAACUCCCAGCGAGUUCGACGCCACUCUGACGGCCCACACAGACACCUGUUACUGAGUGAGAAGAUGGCCAAAGAGGCUCCACCCAACAUCUCGAUGGCUCUGUCAAACCCCCAAAUAUCUUCCUCUUCUGCAGACAGCAAAAACUCCAAUACACAGCAGCUCUCAAUCAGUGUGUGUGCUGUGCUGUACUCCUAUAAACCGCAACGCCCAGAGGAGCUUGAGCUGAGGAAAGGCGAGAUGGUGGGAGUGUACGGAAAGUUCAAAGAAGGAUGGCUGCGUGGGUUGUCUCUCCGAACGGGCAAAGUGGGCAUCCUGCCCAGCAACUACAUUACUCCUGUGCUCAGAACAUCAGCCAGACUCCUGGAGACCAAAGCGGCAAACGCAUCAUCACAGCACAAUCCAGCAGCGGCAAAGAAGCACACAGCUGCUCGGAGUCCUGCUGUGGUCCUUUCUCCUGAUAGGGUAAAUACUGAUGGAGCACUGUACUCAGCGGGACAGGCCUCACAUGUGCCAAAUGGAGCACAGCACGCAAUGUCAUCCACAGGUGCUGGAAAAUCAUCCUUCUAUGGGACUUCACCGGGUUGGGAGACAGUGAGACGACUCUUUAACUCACAUAGAGCAUCCAAUCAUUCAUCCACUCUGAAUGUAACCUCCAACUCGGAGCACUUUGCACAAGUUCAGGCAUCCGGAUACUCGCCUGCCAUGCAGAGGAAGAAAAGCAGUGGAAUUUUAGCCAAUUCUCGACGACCAGGAGGCUGGAUGAGUGAGCCAACAGUGCUCUCUGGUGUCCUACCGUCAAAAGACAGGGAGUUCACCCCCUCACACGAGGCAAGGUGUUAUCAGCCUGAGCGCCAUCUGUCCAGUGGUCCUCACUCAAUUCUUGUCAGACCUGAUUCACACAAGAGCACUGCAGACAAGCCUGCCAAGUCAGUGCGCUUCCUCACAGAUGAAGACACCCUACCUCCACGGCUCCGGACCUCCUCCUGGUCUUCAGGAAGCCAGGUUCCAUCCAACUUUGCCCCAGCACCUCCCCCACUUGAAGUGUGGGCACCAUCACUCACCUUAGGGAGGGAUGGACCUGGAAUCCUUCUCAAAGAUGGAAAAGCUCCAACUGUUAGGAAAGGCAUGGAAACGGUUCUCUCUGAUCUAAACUCAAAUUCACAAAAAACGAUGUCAUUGCAGUCAUCAAUGUCAGCUGUGUCGGCUCAGUUCAGCCCCACCAGACACAGAGUGACUUCAACACAUCUAGCCCAAACAGACUCUGAGCUCAGUCUGCUUCAAGGAGAGCUGGUCCUUGUCCACAGACCUCGACCCGACGGGCGUCUCUUGGUUACUCAGGAGACCAGUGGCCAGACGGGCCUGUUUCACUGUAGUAUUCUUCACGCUCUGGAGAGGCUCACUUGACUCUUAGUUUAAUUAAUAUAUUUUUGAAACCUUUUGCCAAGAUCCAGCAGUUGAAAUUGCCAAAAGAGAUUGCCAUGAAGGACUUUGUUUUUGGUCCCGGGAAAAUAUUAAAAUUGAUGGAUAUA